AUGGGGGAGAAACCGGAGCUGCCGCGGCCGUACAAGUGCCCGCUCUGCGACCGCGCCUUUCACCGUCUCGAGCACCAGACACGACACAUCCGCACGCACACGGGCGAGAAGCCGCACGCCUGCCUCUUCCCCGGGUGCGCCAAACGCUUCUCCCGCUCCGACGAGCUCACCCGCCACUCGCGCAUACACAACAACCCGCGCAAGCCAGGCAAACACCUCGCCCCGGACUCCAAGCCUCUCGUCAGGUCGGCCCCCGUCAGCCAGACAGCCUCGCCCAACGUCUCGCCGCCGCACUCCUACGCCGUCCCCUACGCUUCACACAUGCCCAGUACGCUCAACCCCUACGCCCGCCCGGCCUCCUCUGCCAUGGACAUCAACAUGCUGGCCACCGCCGCCAGCCAGGUAGAGAGGGACACCCACCAGUCGUUCUCUCGCAGGUCAUAUGCGCCCAGGCUGCCCUCUCUCUCGGCCUAUGCGCUCUCUCACUCCCAGCGGCCAGAGGAGGAUGGACACCGGUCGAAGAGGUCGAGGCCGUCGUCUCCCAACUCUACGGCACCGUCUUCGCCUACCCUGUCUCAUUCUUCUCUCUCGCCGACGCCAGACCACACGCCGCUGGCCACGCCCGCUCACUCGCCCCGGCUGCGUCCGUACUCUUACGCCUCGCCGGACCUGCACUUGCCGUCCAUCAGGCAGUUGAGUCUGGGCCAUACGCCUGCCCUGGCGCCCAUGGAGCCUCAGACGGAUACCUCUAGUCAUACCGCCCAGCCAUACACGCCGCAUGCUCACUCGGGGCCCUCGAUAAGUGAUAUCAUGACUCGCGCGGAUGGGACGCAGCGGAAGUUGCCUGUUCCUCAGGUGCCGAAGGUGGCUAUACAUGAGGCUGUCUCUCAUGAUAUUUAUUAG